AUGUCUGACCUCCACAAAGCGUUCAUGAGACGCAUGAAGCGGGGCCCUGUCCCUCAUACUGGCGUUCCGGGAGCGGCUUCAGCUUUACCAGAAUUGACUGAAGACGAGCUGCUUGACGACCAGGCCACGAUAGCUUCUUUGGCCCACCACAACCCUUCCCAGUCAUCCUCGCCCUCUCCCACCCCAGAAGACGACGAAAUCCACAAAGCCUACCAGGCCUUCAAGUCCAGCUUCUUCACGGUCCACGAGACUUACCAUUUCAACGGUUUACCAUCCAUCAAUACCUACUAUAGACCUCCAGAAACCCCACAUUCCACCAUUUUCGUGUGCCUCCACGGAGCAGGGUCUUCAGCCCUUACAUUUGCCAAAUUUGCCGAGGAGGUUGCUCGAGCAGAGGACGAUGUAGGUAUAUUUCUCUACGAUCUUCGAGGGCACGGAGACUCAGCCAAACUGGAUGACUUUGGCUUGGAUUCGUUGGCCAAAGAGCUCAGUGCUGUGGUAGACGAAUUUGUCCUUAGACACCUCCCAGCAUCCAACGAGCUGCGCUCGAUCUACUGCGUAGGUCACUCGUUGGGUGGGGCUAUAAUGUCCAAGUAUUUGAGCGAUGAUACCUACGAGCAUCGGUUGGUGAAAGGGUUGAUCCUUCUUGACAUUGUGGAAGAAACUGCCGUCAGGUCUUUGGUGGCCAUGCCCACGUUCAUUGCAAAUCGUCCGUUCAAGUUCAAGUCCUUGAGCCAUGCAAUCGAGUGGCAUAUGAAUUUUCUCUUGUUCAACGAAGACUCGGCUCUUUUGAGCAUACCAGACUUGUUAAACCCGGACUUGACAUGGAAAACCGAUUUGUCGUUGACACAGCCGUUUUGGGACUCGUGGUUCCAUGCGUUGACCGAGAACUUCCUUAAGUUCAAGAGUCCAAAGUUGUUGAUUCUAUCUACCCACGAGACCUUGGACAAGAAUCUCAUAAUAGGACAAAUGCAGGGCAAAUAUCAACUAGUGGUGUUCAACAACAGCAACAAGUCGGGCCAUUUUGUGCACGAAGACCUUCCUAAACAAGUAUGCAUCUGUGUGUUGGACUUUUUGAGAAGGAACGAGAAUCCAGGCAAGUUUUUGAGGCACAACUUGGGUGUUGUGCCCAAGUGGGGUGGCCAAAUCAAUAAAUAA